CUUAGUGGCUGUUUUAUCAUAAUAAUGUUCGCAUGAGAUCCAUAGUUAAUAAAAGUUAAUAUAUCAGGACUCAGGUUAUUGAUUCUGAUAUGUCCGGAUUCACAGCAGAAAUUUCAGAUUAGUAUUUGGAAUAUUUUUACAUAAAUAGCUCAAACUUCUAGAACAGGCUUCUUAGCUUUUUAAUGAAUUUAAGAUUUUCCCUUGAAAGGACCGAUAUCAAAGACUCUGGCUGAGCUAUCUUACUUGAAUCACAAGAGGCCUAAAGUUCAAUAGUAUUUCAAUAUUCUAUCCAUAAUUUGGGUCAUUUUAGGUUGGAGAAAUUAGUUUUUAGCUGAGCACGACACAAAUCCAAUCAUAAAAUGUAACUUAUUUAGGCAAAUUAUUCUCCAGAACAUUUAAAGAUUUUAUCUAAUAUUAAUGAUUGGGCUUCUGGUGGCUUUUAAAUGGACAGACAGGAUCAGCUAAACUUCAAGAGUAAUUUACAAGGAAGAAUACUAAUAAUUAUCCUUCUAGCGCAAUAUUCCUCACCUACUUACUCAUUCCGAAAACUAUUCAAUUUCCUUUGUAAUUCCAAGAAACUAUGAUUUGAGUCUUCGUUUGUGUAAAGA